CACACCUCCCUCACUUCCCUACCACUGCAGGCAUCACCAUGGCAGCCCAGAACGAAAACACUAGUUUCUCACCCAACUUUAAUCCACCCCAAGACCAUGCCACCUCCCUCCCCUUCAACUUCAGUUAUGGUGAUUAUGACCUCCCUCUGGAUGAGGAGGAGGACAUGACCAAGACGCGGACCUUCUUCGCAGCCAAGAUCGUCAUCGGUGUGGCACUGGCUGGCAUUAUGCUGGUCUGUGGUAUCGGCAACUUUGUCUUUAUCACUGCCCUCGCCCGCUAUAAGAAGCUGCGCAACCUCACCAACCUGCUCAUCGCCAACCUGGCCAUCUCCGACUUCCUGGUGGCCAUUGUCUGCUGCCCCUUCGAGAUGGACUACUAUGUAGUGCGCCAGCUCUCCUGGGAGCACGGCCACAUGCUUUGUGCCUCUGUCAACUACCUGCGCACUGUCUCCCUCUACGUUUCCACCAAUGCCCUGCUGGCCAUCGCCAUUGACAGAUAUCUUGCCAUCGUGCACCCCUUAAAGCCACGGAUGAAUUAUCAAACAGCCUCCUUCCUGAUUGCUUUGGUCUGGAUGGUAUCCAUUCUCAUCGCCAUCCCAUCAGCCUACUUUGCCACAGAAACCGUCCUGUUUAUUGUCAAGAGCCAGGAGAAGAUCUUCUGUGGCCAGAUCUGGCCCGUGGACCAGCAGCUCUACUAUAAGUCUUACUUCCUCUUCAUCUUCGGCGUUGAGUUCGUGGGCCCUGUGGUCACCAUGACCCUGUGCUAUGCCCGGAUUUCCCGGGAGCUGUGGUUCAAGGCGGUGCCUGGGUUCCAGACAGAGCAGAUCCGCAAGCGGCUGCGCUGCCGCCGGAAGACGGUCUUGGUGCUCAUGUGCAUCCUCACAGCCUACGUGCUGUGCUGGGCGCCCUUCUACGGCUUCACUAUCGUGCGCGACUUCUUCCCCACCGUGUUCGUGAAGGAGAAGCACUACCUCACCGCCUUCUAUGUGGUCGAGUGCAUUGCCAUGAGCAACAGCAUGAUCAACACCGUUUGCUUCGUGACCGUCAAGAACAACACCAUGAAGUACUUCAAGAAGAUGAUGCUGCUCCACUGGCGUCCCUCCCACCAGGCAAGCAAGUCCAGUGCCGACCUUGACCUCAAAACCAGCGUGGUGCCUGCCACAGAAGAGGUGGACUGUAUCAGGCUGAAGUGACCUGCUGGAGUCACACAACUGAAGACCUCUAUCUAGUACUCAGAACAUCACUGACAUCAACAAAGUUCACAGGCU